AUGACACUUAUUGGUCAUCAAGUGACAGUAGAAUUGAAAAACGAUCUUGCCAUCACAGGUACCUUAACUUCCGUUGACCAAUUUUUAAAUAUUAAACUUGAUGAUGUUCGAGUGGUAGACGAUGCAAAGUAUCCUCACAUGAUGGCAGUCAAAAAUUGUUUUAUACGUGGAUCAGUGGUUCGUUAUGUUCAACUACCUGCAAGUGCGGUAGAUACAGCUUUAUUACAAGAUGCUGCAAGAAGAGAAGCACAACAACCAACUACUGGUGGUCCUCAUUCUAUUUCACGCUAA